AUGUCUAAUGCCGGAAUCACGAAGAAUCCACGCCCGAAGCGGAAGAACCGACCUCGGCCUUUGCCGCCCGAUGUCACGGCUAGGAACCUGGCUAUCGAGAAACAACGCCGAGGUGAACUAAAAGAAGAUUUUCUGGAACUGGCACGCCUGCUGCCCGACCUUGCCAAUACUCGGCGACUUACAAAGGUUCUCAUCGUAAACAAGAGCAUAGAGCAUGUGCGACAACAGCGCGAACUUUCGAUAGCCGCAGCUAGUGACAUACAAGAAAUUGUCGACCAGAACCAUCAGCUUGUCGCUGAGGUAAAUGCUCUACGUGCUCAGAUUGGAGGAUCAUCUAUGCCUCAAGCCCAGGUCAAGCCCAUGACCCAGGCUAUGACCCAACUAGCUGAAACAAAGAAUCACGUCUUCGGAACAUUCCCUGCAGGCUUUGGGGACAACUGGGCACAGGAAUACUCCCAAGUCCAGCAUGAGACAACCCGUGAAGCGGGCUUCUCGACCGAUAAUCCUUACGCACCCCCUCCCCAGCCAAAAGAGGUCAAUAUUACACCAGACACCAUGAAAAGCAGCCUAGAAACUACUCCGAGAUCUGCACCCGUGUCAGUAUACCAGGAACCGCAAGUGAACUUCAGCUUGUGCCUGAAUACAGUGGCCGAGCCUAGCUUUCCUUUCCCAGAUCUCCUGGAAGUCGACCAUUCUUAUUUGGAUGAUCCUUUAAUGGCGAGUUCCUGGACACAUGGAAUCCUUCAUGAGGAUUCGGAAUGGGUUGGUGGUCUCAGUGAAAGCGAUGUUUUAUCUUUUCUCACAAUAGUGUAG